UCUAAUAGCCAGAAGCCUGCACACCAAAUGAUUAUAGCAUCUGCUGUGUGAGCAGGGCUGGCUUGAUUUGGUAUAGACAACUACUCAGGCAAGCAGAAGAUAAACAGAGUUGCUGUUAGCUAUUCAAAUUACAGUGGUAGAGAAUUGUGUCUGAGAAAACCUGUGAUUGUGAAGAUGAGGCUGAGCCUGGUCUUGUUCACUCUACUCUGCGUCAACAUGUGGAUGGGCUUUGUCCAUGCAAUGAAUGGACCAGUAGCCACUUGUUGCGAGGGGUGGUCCACCACCAGAAUCCACCAUGGCAAAAUAAGAAACUACACCAUUCAGACUGAGGGAGUCUGUCCCAUCAGAGCCGUAAAGUUUGUUACAAUACUUGGGAAAAGAAUUUGUUCCCGCCCUGAAGAUAACUGGGCCAAGAGAGUCAUGGAAAUUGUGGAUAAGAGGAUAGCACCGCUGAAGCAGGGGCAGGGCGGAGAGGAGGAGACAGGAAGAACCACCAGGGGACCAGCAUCAUCCACCGGAAACAAGAAAAGACCAAGAAGGACAUGCCGAAAUGGGAGGAGGAGGUUCAGGAAAGGGCAGAGAAAAAAUGUGUAAAGAUUCACAUGAUAGGCCAUAAAACUCAUGAGGCUCCUCCUGCCAAAUGAAGGUGUCCUGCUGUGUCAUCUCAAGAGCCAACUGACAUCUGUAUUGUGUUUUGCUUUAACUUUUCAAUACUGUGCUUGUUAAUAUAUAGUCAUUCUCUUAUAUGUUGUACAUGUGUAUGUCAGACA